GGGGACGUCAGGUUUCCGGGUAGACAAUGCACGAUGUCCUUGCAUGUUUGCUCCUGGGAUAAAUUGGAGUAAAACUCGCCCUGUGUUUGACAGAGAUUUCUUUCUUUUUGCAUUUGGAAACUAGUACACGAUGCCUCUUCAUAAAUACCCCCCAAAAAUCUGGGACGCCCUGAAACUGAAGCAGGGCAUCUACGCCCGUCUCCCGAAACACUACCUCAAGUCCCUUGAGCCUAAAGAACCAACAGCUGUCCACUGGAAGCCCCUGGGAGUCCAGUACCGAGCCCACCCGGUCACGGGGCAGAAGCAGCGGGUGCAGGACGUCCCCAUCCCCAUCUACUACCCCCCACAGUCCCAGGACGGCCUGUGGGGGGGAGAAGGAUGGAUUUCUGGAUUCAGAUAUGCCAACAAUGAUAAAAUGUCCAAUCGUCUGAAGAAGACCUGGAAACCCCAGCUGUUCACGAGAGAGCUGUACAGUGAAAUCCUCAAUCACAAGUUUACCAUCACAGUCACAUCCCGCACUCUAGACCUCAUUGAUGCCGCCUUUGGCUUUGACCAUUAUAUCCUAAAAACACCAAAGGAAGACCUGAACUCCAAACUGGGAAUGGACCUGAAAAGGGCAAUGCUGCUUCGCUUGGCACGCAGAGACACAGAGCUUUACCCCAACGAUCAGGUCAAACGAGAAAAGAUCUACAGCAAAUACAAGGAGUUUGAGAUCCCAGAGGAAGAGGCGGAGUGGGUGGGUCUAAGUCUGGAGGAGGCUGUGGAGAAACAGAGAGUGUUGGAAUACAAGGAGCCCGAGCCUCAGUUUCAGGUCUUUGUGGAUAAAUUAGUGCAAGAGCUCCAAACGAAGAAACUGUUGGAGCCUCAUGUCAUAGAGAAGAAUUGACCAACUCAACUAUCUGAACGGGACAGAGACUGAAAGUAAAGUAGGUCGGACUGUAAGAGACUCGCCCAGCGGUGGAGGGAGUUUAGUCACUAGGUUUCUGCUUCAGUGACGAGUCCACAUUUGGAGAAUUCCUGCAGUUGCUAAAGCUGUUUCCACCUGGGAGUGAUGUAAAGGUGGAGGUGCUCCAGACAGCAACAACACGUUACACCUAUGUUUAUUUAUUUCAGUCGUGUUUUAUGUCCCGGUAACUUUUAAGAGCCUUGCUAAGGACAUUUGGGGGAUUAAGGGAAAACCCUCCAUCAAUGUCAAUACUCUCUGACCAGCUGUCUUAUAAAAGUGUGUAUAAGAUUUCUAAAAAUAAAAAAUGAAAAC